AUGCCUAUCUCGUCGUCAUUACAGAUAAGUGGUGUGAACCCGCGAAAGCAGCGUCGCGAGCGGACCACAUUCACGAGAGCCCAGUUAGACGUUCUAGAAGCGCUUUUCGGCAAGACGAGGUACCCGGAUAUCUUCAUGAGGGAAGAGGUCGCCUUGAAAAUUAACUUACCCGAGUCUAGGGUGCAGGUAUGGUUCAAAAACCGAAGAGCGAAAUGCCGACAACAGCUCCAACAGCAAUCUAACACACAGAUUUCCAGCAAGUCAUCAUCCAGUUCGAAAACCUCGCUGUCCUCAAGCAGCAACCUGAAGGGCUCAUCCAACAGCACUUCCAAAGCCCCCACCUCGAAAACAAUGACCAACUCUUCCAACACAACAACCCAAAACUCGUCCAGUAUAACCACAUCAUCCCCCAACUUACCAAUAACCCCUACCACAUCUGUCAGUCCCCCUAUAAACGUGAUUUGUAAGAAAGAAUCCGCUGCCAGUUACGAAUCAUCACCGCUGACAAAAAACAAUCUCUCCAUUACCCACCAGUACAACUCCGAAGCCCUGAGGCUCAGCGGUAAAGAUUCCUCCCCAUCAGAAACUAUUUCAAAUGUUCACGGCUAUGGAGUGACUCCGAAGCAAGAACUUUACAGUAGUCCCAAGAGGCUUGAUUACAACAGCAAAGUUGACUAUUCCGAGAAGUCUUUCGGGAGCAAUUUAGUCAAGGACCAGUAUAGUUCCCGUUUAACGGGGAAUCUGACUCCGCUAGGCUCCAACUCCUCGAUAAUGACCACCCCCUCCCCUCCUAUUACCCCUCAAAGCAUCAACGGACCAGGCAAUGUGUACCAUCCGGAUUCCUAUAACAGUUUCCAUUGGCCGGGUAGUUCGGAUUACAUCCGAAGUUACUCGACGUCACACCAUCACCAGGGGUACGGUCAGAGCGCGUAUAACUCGCCAUACUAUCCCAGUCAGAUGGAAUACUUCAACGGGUCAUCGGUGAACCAAUCACACGGCAGCCAUCACGGACACAACCUGACUGCGAACGGCAACCAGCUAUACAAUCAAGUCUCCUUCGGAAACCCAUCCCCCCCGGCCGCGUGGCCCUCCCACCACAACAUUCUCUCCUCCGGUCCAGAGUCCCCGGAGAACCAAACCCAAAAUUCCCCACACCUGAGCAUGCUCCAAGCGUCGCAAAUUACGAACUUUUCCAACUCUGGCAACACUUACUUCGCGCCUGAAAAGUACGGAAUAAACAUGGUGUAG